UGGGAGCAUAAGACAGAAUUGGAGCACUGGAAAGCAUGAAGUGCUACACAAAAAGGCUUGAAACUAGAAAGUGAAUAGAAGACUGAGUGUAAAGGUCUGUUAAGUUCCAAACUGUGAAAUUCAGCAAUGAUACACUGUGGAAAAAAAAAUAUUUGUGCUGUUGUUGCAUGUAUUCUUAUUUUUGCAAGCAUUUUAAUCUGCUCCUGGAAAGAUCCUCAGCUACAGAAUAACAUAACUAGAAAAAUCUUCUCCCAGGCAUCAACUUCCAGUCCAGCAGGUCAGCUUUGUAGGGGAAAACCUGCUCAAAAUGUAAUAACACCAUUAAAAGAUAACAGAACUUUUAUUAUAUCGCCGUACUUUGAUGACAGAGAAAGCAAAGUCACUCGUGUGAUUGCGAUUGUUCACCAUGAAGAUGUAAAACAACUAUACUGCUGGUUCUGCUGUCAGCCCGAUGGAAAGAUACAUGUAUCAGAAGCAAAAAUUGAUGUUCACUCAGAUAGAUUUGGAUUCCCUUACGGUGCAGCAGAUAUAGUUUGUUUGGAACCUGAAAACUGCGAUCCAACACAUGUAUCAAUUCAUCAGUCCCCACAUGGAAAUAUUGACCAGCUGCCAAAGUUUGAAAUUAAAAACCGCAAGGCUGAGGCCUUUUCUGUUGACUUCACUGUAUGCAUCUCUGCCAUGUUUGGAAAUUACAACAAUGUCUUGCAGUUUAUACAGAGUAUGGAAAUGUACAAGAUUCUUGGGGUACAGAAAGUGGUGAUCUAUAAGAACAACUGCAGCCAUCUGAUGGAGAAAGUCUUGAAGUUUUAUAUGGAAGAAGGAACUGUAGAGGUAAUUCCCUGGCCCAUAAACUCACACCUCAAGGUUUCUUCUAAAUGGCACUUUUCUAUGGAUGCAAAAGACAUUGGCUACUAUGGACAAAUCACCGCUCUAAAUGACUGUAUAUACCGUAACAUGCAGAGGAGCAAGUUUGUGGUUCUUAAUGAUGCUGAUGAAAUAAUUCUUCCCCUUAAGCACCCAGACUGGAAAACAAUGAUGAGCAGCCUUCAGGAGCAAAAUCCAGGGACUGGCAUUUUCCUCUUUGAGAACCAUAUCUUCCCAGAAACCGUAUCUACUCACGUGUUCAACAUUUCGUCCUGGAAUACUGUGCCGGGUGUUAACAUAUUACAGCAUGUUCACAGAGAGCCUGACAGGAAAGAGGUUUUCAAUCCCAGGAAAAUGAUAAUUGAUCCACGAAAGGUGAUCCAGACUUCAGUCCACUCUGUCCUACGUGCUUAUGGGAACAGUGUGAAUGUUCCCAUGGACGUUGCCCUCAUUUAUCACUGUCGGGUGCCCCUUCAAGGAAACCUUCCCCGAGAAUCCCUCAUCAGGGAUACAACACUGUGGAGAUAUAACUUAUCAUUGAUCAUGAAUGUUAACAAGGUGCUGUAUCAAACCGUACUGUAAGCUCAAAAGUGAAAUGCCGAUGAUAAGGAGGGAAAGCGGAGAGCUACCCGUGUCGUGGGGAGGCAGAGGAUAUCAUUUAAAGAUCACAUUCAAAUCACUUCCACAUGAAGUUUGCAUCUUACACAGAUUUAGGAGAACAGCCCUUUUACGUACUGUACAAAGGUAAAUGCAUUUGAUUUGUGAACUGAGACAUGGUAUCCAGGGAAGAGAUUUUCAAAACUGAAAAAAUUAUUUGAUCCAAGAAGGGUGGUUGAGGCCUCAGUCCACUGUUUUCUAGAGAUGUUUGCACAUGGUUGGGAAGAGCCUGAUGACGUUGUUAUACGCCUUUGCAGGAAAUUGGUGUGACAUACCCCUUAUCGCGGAUACAUCCCUUUGGAGAUAUAUUAUACAUCUUUGGCUCUGAAAGUUAACUGUGUGUGGGUAUGCUACAAUUUUAAGUGCAGUAAUGAAAUUUAAAGGUGUUGCAAUAGGCAUUUAAUGCCAUGUUCUCCCUGAAAAUAAAUGCACUGUAUAUUUAAGAUCAUCUGUUACUCACAGGGACAAAGGUCUGCAAUUAAUGGCCCUCACCACUAGAAAAAAUCCCACCAUAGAACUCGUACGAAUGCCAACAUUGUAUUUUGUUUAGGAAUGAUUCAACUAGCAGUUGCUGUCUCCAAAAAGUAGAAGUACUGGUGUAACGACUGGAUUUUAUCAUCAUGUAAUGAUCAAAUUUCCCUUUACUUUUUAAAAAUUGAUUUGCAUUUUGAAA